AUGGGAAUCAAAGCCAGGGAGUCCUCCGAUGUCGGACGUCUCGAGAUGAGAAGUGGUAGAGAAGAUACCGGUCCAGCUACCAUCCCAACAGUACCUCCAACUCCUUAUACUUCACAAAUGGAUGGCCUAAAAGAGCUUCUCCUCCCACCAAAACCUGCAUCAGCUAUAUACCUUAGAGAUGCAUCAUACAGGCCAUAUGCAUCAGGUCACCAACCUUUUCAAGGAGUAGAUGUUUUAUGCCUCAAAAAGUGUGGUCAAGGUCUUCCUUCAUGGAUCCGUGUUCAUGUUGCAACUGGUGAUUCCCAAGUCAUUGAAGUUGAAAAGUUCACUAUAAUGAGACGUUGUGAUCUUCCUGCUCGUGAUCUUCGCUUACUUGAUCCAUUAUUUGUCUACCCUUCAACAAUUAUUGGAAGAGAGAAGGCUAUAGUUGUAAAUUUGGAACAUAUUCUUUUCAUUAUACCAGUUGAUGAAGUUCUUCUUUUGAAUUCUCUUGAUAGCUAUGUAUCCUGCAAUGUCUCUCUAUUCAAGGCUUGUCUUCAUCGGAAGGUGGUUAUGUUGGUGGUGAUGGAGCUGGUAACAGCAGUGGAACUUCACGAGCACUCGUUGAAGAUCUUCAAUGGUCAGUUUGAAGAGCUUCAUCAAAGACAAUCUCAAUGGACCGUUCCUGACACAGAGCUUAGAGAAUCUCUCAGACUUGCAGUUGCUGAAGUCUUGUUGCCUGCAUACAAAUCUUUCAUUAAACGUGUUGGGCACUUGUUGAGAAUGGGAAGAAUCCCCACAAGUACAUAA